UCAGUUUCGAUGGUGCCUGUGGUGAAUGCCGGCGAGGAGGGGGAUGGGCGCUUCGGUGAGCGUAAGGACCCGACACAGAAUCGGAGCCCCGUAUCACAUACAGCAGUGUAUACCCCAUAAUAAACAGCAACUGUAAAUAUACAAGACACUAACAUUAUUGGAAUUGUUCACCGGGGAUUUAUAAAAGACACCAAUGGAUGUCGCGCACCCGAACAAGACAGGGGAUUUAACUUUCCGACAUUUUUUGGGAGACACUGAGAACUUUGUUUCUUACCCUUGAAGAGGGAGCUACUUGUAAGGGCAAAGGAUACAGGAGACUCCGAGGCGGAUAUCCAGGCCUACUGGUCUAAUUGGAAUUAAUGUUGGGAUACUCCAAGGACUUCCAUAGUACAUUAUCGUUGCCUUGUUUUUAACGAAUUUGGAAUGACUCUUUAGGUCCCCCAUGACCGUGAGCCGUGGGCUGCGGCUCGACGGCGCCCCCCUUCUGGAGUGGUCCGUUGCUAUAAGUUGGACCUUGUGAAUCCUCUUCUCAUCCUCCUUUCCCCCCAUCCCAUCCUGUCUCCCCUCUUCCCCUUCUCGCCCCCUCCUCCCCCCUCGUCCCCCCACUUCCUUGCGUCGCUGUGCUGGACGUCAUGAGCAUAGUAAUCACUCUGGGAGUCACCACACCUGAAACGUCUUACUCGGAUAUGGCUGCUGGAUCAGACCCUGAGUCAGUUGAAGCAAGCCCUGCAGUAAAUGAGAAGAACUACAACAACCACAGCUGUGGUAGUGCACAGAAUCAUGGGUAUCGGGGACUCCCAUAUGCUAUGCAACAGUCUUCCGUUGUAUGUUGUCAGGAUCACAACUAUGGCGCGCCCCCUCCCCCUACCCCACCCGCCUCUCCGCUUUCCCAAACCAUCAUUCCCCGCAUGGAACUCAACGGCAUGGUCCGCAGCUCCCAUUACCACGAACCCCGGGCCGAGCACUCCGCCGACAGCGACAGCUCCUCCGAGGAGGACGCGGCGGUGACCAGCUGGUGCCGCUGCAGCCCCACGCCAGACGGCGCGCACCUCAAAUGCACCUGCAGGGAGCUGGACAGGAGGAAAGGAGUAGAGGGCGCCCACAGAAAGCAAGAGAAUGUUUCAGCUGGGGAGAGCAGUGCGACAGAAAGUGGUGAUGAAGAGGUUUCUCCCUCCACCGUCUCCUACACGGCUACCCAGCACACCCCCACCAGCAUCAAACUGACCGUCAACCGGGUUAAGAGGAGCAAAUCCAAGAAAAGGAAGAAGAGCACGGAGCGAGGCCGCGGAACGCCCAAGCCAAAGAAAGUCAAGGCCUUCAGACAGGGAUCAAGGAAAUCCAUGAGGAUGAAGAACUCCACGUCUGAGGCCAGCGUGCUGGACGAGAACACAGCCGAGGGCUGGGAGAGCCGCAUCCGCCAGUGGACGGACCAGUACGAGGAGGCCCUCUCCAACCAGUACAGCGCCGACAUCCAGACGCUGCUGGAGCUGCACCGCUCCGCCUGCGCCUCCGUCUCCAAGGCCGAGAGCGGCGCCUCCACGCCGCCCUCCGACACGCAGACGCAGGCGUGCGUGAACGGCCUGGACACCAUCAACCGCACGGAGCUGGCCUGCAACAACACGGUGCUGGGCUCCCAGAUGCAGCUCCAGCUGGGGCGGGUCACCCGGGUCCAGAAGCACAGGAAGAUCCUGCGCGCGGCCAGGAACCUGGAGGCGGACACGCUCAUCAUCGAGUACCGGGGGAAGGUCAUGCUCCGACAGCAGUUUGAAGUCAACGGGCAUUUCUUUAAAAAGCCUUACCCCUUCGUCUUGUUUUACUCCAAAUUCAACGACGUGGAGAUGUGCGUUGACGCGAGGACGUUCGGAAACGAUGCGCGCUUCAUCAGGAGGUCCUGCACCCCGAACGCUGAGGUCCGACACAUGAUCGCCGAGGGGAUGAUCCACCUGUGCAUCUACGCCGUCUGCCAGAUCGCUAAGGACGCCGAGGUCACCAUUGGCUUUGACUACGAGUUCAGCAGCUGUAACUAUAAGGUGGACUGCGCCUGCCAUAAAGGCAACCAGAACUGCCCGGUGCAGAAGCACAACCUGAGCCCCAUGGAGAGCUUCCUGAACCCGACUGCUCUCGCUCUUCCCUCUCCUGCUGUUGGCACGGAGACGCGGCGCAGGAAAGCCCAAAGGAAGGAGCUGGAGAGCUGCCUGGCUAGCAACGGCACUCUGACCCCAGACCAGCAGCCUGAGGGCAAGGACCUGCAGGGAGUCAGCGACACCGAGGAGAGAACGCUGACUGAGGUCAAAGCAGAAGACGGAGAAGUGGAUGAAAAUGGGAUCGGCUGUAGUAAAAGAGCUCCAACCAGGCGAAGAGCGACGGGAGCUGAAGUUAAGGACGAGGCGGUGGACACUGAGGACAGGACGGGAAACGCUCCAGAGACGCCUUCUGUCCCACACGGCUCUGGAGUCGGAGUCAGCACACGCCGGACCACCUACUUCACGGACAACCCUCCUGGUGAGGACAAGCCACCAGCAGCCACCCUCCCUGCCCCGCCCGCUCCCCCUAAACCCACCAGGCCCACCAAGCCCCGACCCAAGAGCCGGAUUUCUCGCUAUCGUUCGAGCUCGUCGCAGCGCGCUCGGCGCCAGCGCCAGGCCCUGGCCCACCAGGCGGCAGCGGCGGCAGCCGCUGCAGCAGCAGCGAUGUCCUCGGCGCAGGCGAUGACUGACCAGGGGGCCGCUCUGCACGAUGAAGGGUCUCAGUGCCAACAUGGGGCCGAACACGGCCAUGGAGACGGCGGUCAGGGAGCUCACCUCCUGGAUGGAGAUGCCCAGGGUCCCAACAGCAUACAAAAAGGCAGUGUGCGCUACCCCAAGACAAAGAAGUACCUCGUCACAGAGUGGUUGAACGACAAAGUCCCUGGAGGGGAAAAGCUCCAGCAGGAGGUGCCUGUUGAGCGGCCCCUGCGGAUAACCACAGACCCCACAGUGUUGGCCACCACCCUCAACAUGCUGCCGGGCCUGUCCCACUCAUCACUCAUCUGCACAGCCCCCAGACACUACGUCCGAUUCGGCUCUCCAUUCACCCCCGAGAGGCGCCGACCCCGCCCGCUGCAGAUGGAUGGCACCUAUGGCUGCUACAAAAAGAGAUGGAUCAAACAGGUGGAGGAUGAAAGCUGUUCUAACAGUGUGGAAGACGGAACGGAGUCCACCUCCUCCCAGCAGAGCACCAGCAGCCGCUCCACCCCCAACCCGCUCUGCAGCGAUGCCGCUGCACCGUUUAAAAAGCGGCAUCACAAGUACGCAGCUGACACCACGCCAGCGUCCUCGGACCACCUGCUUCGCCCGCUCUCACCGAUCACGCCGCCUCUUCCCGAAGACUCUCUCCACCUGCUGCUUCACCCGCCGUGUGGCUCUGUGAUGCCCAACGGCCUGGUGUACUCCCCGAUGCCCUCACAACCCACAAGCCGCUGCAACACACCGCUCCAGUUUGAAGACAUAUCGUCCUCUGAGGCAUCGCCUGUACACCGGCCUGAGUCCAUCUCUCCAGAACCGUCUCUUCAGGCCGACUUUGACGCUUCUCGACCUCCCUUUCUGGACCUGUCCCUCCCGUCCAGCCUGGAGAGCCCCAGGGCCGUGACCUCUGACGACUUUCCCGGGGCCACUUCAGGCCAAGAUUCCCAAGGCCAGUCGUCCGUGGGCGGCAUCUCCCUGAACCUGCCGUUAUACUCUUCCUCGGACUCCAAAAGCAGGGAGAAGGCCUUCAGGACAGAGUUCAACCUCAUUUACACCUGCUCCCCCCUCAACGCAAACCUGGGGAAUCCCCUGAGCUCGGAGCGCCACCAUUCCCAGGUGGACGGAGCUUUCUCUCCCGCAGAUUCCUUCCACAGUUCGCUCAGUGGACAGGGCCUGGUCGGAGACGUGGGCUCCGGCUCGCUGUCUCCUUUUGGGGAGAGCCAUUACGGAGCGGCCUACCCAGACAGGAGCACUUCGCCUCAUACCAGCAAUCCCCCGCAGAAAAAGAAGAGGGCCAACCAGCAUACCAUUAGUCUGCUGACAGGAAAGGCAGAAUACCAGCCUAUAGCUGUAAGAAGUGAAAACAAGCCAGUACAUAAUAUGGUGUCUCUGCUGGAGUACCGGAAGAGAAAGCAAGGAAGCAGCAGCAGAGCAUGUGAACCAGCAGCCAGGAAUGCCGCCCCUACUCAGCCAGACCCUUACUGCAGCAAGGAAACCCACCCGGCCCGCUCCUACCAGCAAAUGCAGCCCCCUUCAUCCCCACACUCCACAGCUCCGGUCCCUCACCUUGAGGAGGUCAGCCCGCCGGACCACCACAGGGCACCUGUCAAGCCCAGGCGGCAGGAGUGCAGCAACCAGUGGAUGGUCCCCACCACAGUGGAGCGCCUGAGGGAGGGCCAGCGCGUGCUGAGAAGCAUCAAGAUGGAUCGGGUCUACAGACGGAGUGACGGAUCAGCAGACGCAGAGCCAGAUGUGGAGCGAUACGAGCGGAGAGGAGGAGCCCUGGUUGCUUCCACCAAGAGCCCCCACAGAUACAGCCCCCCCCUCUACGCACAGCAGUCAGCAGAAGUCCUCCCAGAGACAGACGGCCCAUCCUUCACCCAUCCCACAGCCAGCUCUCCGUUCCAGAGCUCCUCCACCCAGAGCUUCUACCCUCGCAUCUCCUCCUCUCACCCGGGGCCGUCCCAGGAUCCCCAAAGCUCCUACUGCAGUCCCCCCCCCACACAGCCCGGCAGCGACGGACCCCCCAGCUACAGCAGCAGCCGCCUAAAGACAGGCUUCCUCAGCAGCAGCAGCCUGUUGGAGGGGGCUGCGCCAGGCCCACGGACCCAGGGACAGACUAAGGUAGACGUGGGCCCUCAGGCCUCCAGAGGGAGUCAACAACAGGUGGCUGUCAGCCUGAAGGUGAACAGUCCGGGGCAGGCGGGGCAGCCGGCCGGCUCCAGGCUAACAGGACCCUCCCCACACUACCCCCAGCAGUUCCAGCACCCCCCCCACCAGGGGCCUGGAGUAAGGACACAGUCAGGAAGCUUUUAGGACCUUCUUCAGCUGUGUGUGCAUGUGUGUAGGCGUGUGUGUGUGUGUGUGGGGUGGGGGGGGGUGCGUGAGUGUGUGUGUGUGUGUGUGAAGCUAAAGGCCCCCUAGGGGUUCAGGGAGCUGGAGGGGUCACAUGUACAGACCUGAGAGGAGCCAGCCUGGACUCUGGACAGAUUCCUCCUUUCCCUGAGUUCUAUUUUUUUUUCUUCUUCUUUUCUAUAUUUUCAGGAAAAGAACUUGACAGCAGUGUGCUCAUAGAUAAACCUCUGACUCCUGGAUGUCAGGACAGAGGGAGACGGGAAGCAAGCAGCCUGGAAAACACGGGAAACCCGGAUUGAAAACUCCUGAUUAUCCCAGAACUUUCCUAUUGUUCUUCUUCUUCUUUUUCAUAAAAGGAAAAAUAUUCCACGUCGAUGUCUGCACAGAAUGCUAAGUUAACCUUCCCGUUGUCAUGGUUACCAGGUUGCUCAGAUGCUGACAAGCGUAUUUAGUAAAAUCCGACAGAUGUUCCGUUUUCUUUUCGGUUUACUCUGAGGACGGGGGACUGAUGACAGGCAGAUGGGGGCGGGGCGUUCUCCAGGAUCAUUCCAGAAGCGUUCUUCACCAUGUGAGCGGCGUUGUGCUGCUCCUCCAUCCAGCUGCAGGCCUCCAUCUCCAUUUCCUCCCACCAACGUCUGAUCCAGUUGGGCCCACCACCACCGGAUCAGCUCUCCAUCCGUCUGGAGUCAUCCCGUUCAGGAGCAAAGGGAUCAGGGUUGCAGACGCGUCUGGAUUUGUCCGACCAAUCUUUGCAUUCCAUGUGACAGAGAGCAGAGCAAGUUCACUGCCAGAGGAGAUGGAGCUGCUGCUGACGGUGGCAGCUGCUGCGGCGGCGGCAGCUGCACUUCCUGUGGGGCGCUCUCUCUCGCUCUCUCUCUCUGUCUGCUGCUUUAUUUGUUCCAUUUUUUUCUCUAUUCUUAAACAACUGACGUGUAAAAAGAGACGGUUUUCUGCAGCACUCAGACUGAGGUGGAGGAGACCUGCGAAUGCCCCCCCCCCUCUCUUUAUGUGACUGGAGUUCAGGGCCUGAAGUGGUUGUGGGUUGUGGGGGAACUGUAUUUGUAGGAAAGACUUGAAUGACGGAGGAAAGGAGGAACCCCCCCACCCCCCACUCCCCUCACCACCCACCGGCCACUACACCCCCUCCUCAGCCCCACCAGAUUCCAUGAAUGUGUGACAGAACAGCAACAUGAACGUUGCUAGCUAACACGAAGCAGCACCUUAAAAACACAUCCACCCUGAAAGCACCCAGCAGCAGGACUCUGUGUGUGAUUCUGUGUACCUGUAUAGAGAGAAUGUGAUAGAGCUGUAUGGAGAGAGGAUCUAGUACACUGUAUUCCCGGCGUGGUGUCAGUACAGUCUGACUGAGCAGCUUGGGUCAGACGCUUUGGAGAUCUGACUUCCUGGGUCCCUUCAGACGCCACUUUCUUUCUCCUGUUGUUUUUCUAAGAAGUUUUCUGUUGUUUUUCUUCUUCUUUUUUUUUUUUCUCCACAGAUCAUAGUAGAAACUAUUUCAAUUGUUCUCUAAGAGAUUUAAGAAGCAACAGAUGUAAUGCAUUUUGAUAAUAAAAUAAUCAUAACAGCAAAGUA